GCGCCGCCGCCUCCCCCCGCUCCUCCCGCGGCGUGCGCGGCUUCGGCGCUACGCGAGCGCGGGGAUCCGCCGCGGCCUGCGGGCCGCCAUGGCCGGGGAGGUGAAAACCAAGCUGUCCAAGAACCUGCUGCGCAUGAAGUUCAUGCAAAGGGGUUUGGAUUCACAAACUAAAAAACAGCUAGAAGAAGAAGAAAAGAAGAUAAUUAGUGAAGAACACUGGUAUCUUGAUGUACCAGAUCUAAAGGAAAAAGAGAGCUGUAUAAUAGAAGAGAGAAGCUUUCUGCGAUGUGAGGAUCUCGUUUAUGGCAGAAUGUCCUUCAAAGGAUUCAAUCCAGAAAUUGAGAAGUUAAUGGUCCAAAUGAACUCUAAGUGCAAGGAAGAAGAAAUUGAAGAGGAUGAUAAAAUGGAGGCUGAUGUGUCAGAUGAAGAAAUGGCCAGAAGAUAUGAAACAUUAGUAGGAACAAUAGGGAAGAAAUUUUUGAGAAAAAGGGACCAACGUGUACUCAAGGAUGAUGAUGAAGAGGAUGAAGUUGAAGAGGGGAAUAGUAACACAAGACCUAGUAAAAGAGCUAAAAAAAUGUUCUUAAAACCUCAGGAUUAAUGUCAACUGCACAAGUGGAGCUUGUUACCUAAUGCCUACCAAACAGAGUCCCAAGAACUGGAGAUUGUUUGGAGUUUAUGCUAUUUAAUGCCAAGGGUGGAUUUGUGAAUCUGUUCUAUUCUCAUUGAAAUUUCUACCAUCCGCAGGACAGACAUUUUUCAAAGUGGGUGUGUAUACAAUGGAUGUUGUACAUCCUUUCCUCUCUGUGCAGCUUUUCAUGAGUGGGGCAUUCAUCCCAUCAGUCUCUUUAAAUGUUGUGCAUAGUUAAAUUGAUGUUGCAUGCAAUCAAAAGCAACGCUAUUUACACUUUAGGAUAACAUCUGAAAGAAGUAUUUGGAGCAAAGAUGAGCUGUGUCCAAUUCAGUAAGGCAGUUCAGCUUUCACCGCUUGCUUUUAUUACGAAAAUGAAACCUGCGCUCUCUUCAAAUUGAAAAAAGUCAGCAGAAACAUGCUUGGUUUGUGGGCUUUUUUACUGUGCUAAAAAUAAGAUGGGAGAAGAACAGAGAGAUAAAAUCCACUUUAUGGAAUUUUAUUUUUUAUGAAGUUUAUUUAAAAAUAGAGGAUUUUGUAGUGAAACUUUUUUUUAUACAGCAAGCCAAAUAUUGGGUGACGUUUACAGUUUGACAUCUGAGCAGAUUGUGAGUCUUAGUUUCUGCCUUCUGAAAGAAGUUUGCUAAUUUUGCCUCUUUUUCAGCAAAAAAACCCAAUCUUAUAAUUAUGUAAGUCUGUCAUAAAAGCAUAAUAACAGUUUCAGAAACAUAAUUGAAAGCUGAAUAAAAACUGUGGGCUUUUGUCAUUAA